UCACACGCAGUCAACGCGUGGUCUGUGGACUGUGAUGAGGCGCAUGGAUUCUGGAAUCAAACCAGGAGAAUUCGCGUCUUCGAAAUUCUGGUCUAGUGCAUCUGCAGCUGGACUCGGUUCGGGUUCAGAUGUAACUGGGGGUUCUGCGAAAGCAGCAGCAGCAAUUGGCAUCGGAAUCAAACAAGGUCCAGCGAGAUCCGAGAUCUGAACAAACUGUGUAACAGUUCGAUUCUCUGCUUUUCGCUGGCCCGAUUCGCGAUUGAAGGCAAUAUUGGGCAAUUUUAAUCACAAAAUUCGCUGAGCUCUGCGAUAGAAUUUCUGCGGCCGAGAAAAUAUCGCUUAAUUUUCGCCUUUGCGUGCCUAAAGAUACACUGAACUCUGGACGGAGCGUAAGAAUUCUCUGCCUUCGAACAUAUAAGCUGCCGGAGAGCUUUCAAGAAUUACUCGACGUUUCUUCUUUUCGCUCUCAUACCUUUCCCUGCACAAUUCUAGAUCUAGCUAUCAUAGCCAGAGUAGGUCUCUCAUCCGGGCUCUGCUCUGUGCAAUCAAUCCCCUGACGAUCAUGAUUCUGCAAACACCGACCGGAUUUAGAUGAAGAAGGGUCGAGGCCUUGUAGAUCUCGGUAACUCGAACUGAUCUCUUCGAUUGGGCCCGAGCAUGAGCACGAGGAACGAGCUGAGGAAGCACACGCACGCGCACACGCUCGGGGAGGUCAUCGAGAGUAAGAGCCAAUUGUUUCUCGUCAUUGGGACGAGCCUCAUCGAACCAUGUUAACACGAAGUUCGACGACACAUUUAGUUCGGACCAGCUCGACGGCCCAGGACGAACUACAGGACGAAAAUGUAGAGAGAGCUUUGCAGUACUCGCAUACGACACCGAUCGUGCUUUCACAGAAAUCUCAGCCCGCUUUGGAAACUUUUCCUCGAGGCGUGCUCUAUGUGAAGAUGUUCUGCGCUCGAAAUAUUAGAGGUGACGAGUACCAUGGAAUGGGAAAAGCUGAUCCUUAUGUAAAGGUCUCGUAUGGCAUUCGUGGGAUGCAAGCAUCACUCUACUCCGAAACUCAUGAAGAUGCAGGAUCUGAACCUAUCUGGAACCAUAAGUUCGCAUUUCCCAUUCUUCACCCAGAAGGUAAAGGGGUGCACCUUCUGGAACUACAAAUUUACAACAGGAAUGGCAUUACAAGGAAAGACAACACCCUCGGAUUUCUCACGUUAGGAAACCUAGCUUUAUAUGUCACAUGCAAACCCCAUUUUAUCACAGAGGAGAGGUGGUUUCCCGUGUACGACAAGAAGCAUCGGCAAAGGGGCGAAAUUUUGAUGUCAUUUUAUUUCCAAGCACAAGGGGACCACAAAUUUGCUGACGGCUGGGACAUUCCCAACCGUCUCAAUAUUGGAGCCCCUAUGUGUUUGGACCAACUGCCGGCUAAGCUUCGUGUGUUCAACCCGAAGACGGAUAUGGACCCAUCUGCACAAGGUGCAGCGACUGUACAAGUACAACACGCAGGAGUGCCUCAAAUCAUGAUUAUUGAAGAAGAAGUCAGUUAAACAUUUUCUACUCUAGGUCCACUCAGUUUGUCUCAUGGUGAAAUCAUAAACUUCGCCGUCUCAGCCACUCGAAUCUGAUCAAUCCGGAUCUUUGAGUUUGUAACCAGGUCUGCUCCUGCUCCUUGUCUGGAUCCCGAGCAGUUCAAUUCUGAUUGAAUUCUUUAGUGAUCAAUCGAAGACUUUGCCCAAGUCCUGUCCAAAUCACAUCAGAUUCCAUUUUAUACAGUGAUUAACUGUUAGCUUGUAUUCAUUUGGAGUAGCUGCUCAAAGAGUUUGAUUUUGAGAGAAAAGUAGGUCAGCGUACGUACUGACUUAGACCUCGGGAUUUUCUAUUUACAUUCAGUGUUGUUGAAUAUCAACUCUGAGGUUUAGCUGUGUGUCAGAACACACGUAUGUAGUGGACCAUAAAAUGGUCUCGAACUUGUAAUAUCAUUUUCCGCAAUCUGAAUCUAAAACGUUUUGACAUCGC